UGAUUAUCGUCUUAGUUUCGCUUUGUGUUAUGUUUCGAUUUAUGUUUAUUGUUACGUUAACUGGUCGUUGUUAUGCAUACACUUUUACAUGUUUUUCCGCAAACCUUGCGUUCCGCCUUUUCUCUCUCUCUCUCUCUCUCUCUCUCUCUCUCUCUCUCUCUCUCUCUCUCUCUCUCGUUCUGUCCUUCACUCCCCUAAUGUUUCUAUUUGUCUAUUUACUAAAACUACUAACGCUAGAUCAGGAUUGGGUAGAAACUAACAAGACUAAUCAUGUGUUCAUGUUACCUUACGUUUCUCGUGCAUGUCAUUUACUAAUUUACUAAUGCUAGGGCAGGAUAGGUUUAUUACUAACGAUUACUAAUCUCCUUGUUAAACUUGUCAUCCAUCGCACCUGUUUUCCAUUUCCUUGCUACGCUCUAACUAAUUGUCUACACCUGUCUACACCUGCAUUUAUAGCCCAGUCGCGCAACUGUUCACUGCGAAAUUGUCUGCCUCUGUUUACCACGCAACUCUUGAGCAUUAUUUACUGUUUGAUUACACGUUACGAUCCACGCUUGUUUACCGACCAUUGUUUAUUGAUUUCUGUUUUGUGACCAUCGUUUGUUUUUUGACUUCGUCCUUGCCUACCGUUUUUGUACUUUUGCUUCGCUGAUUGUUUCAUGGUUUCGACUCCCGCUUCGUCCACGACUACGCCUCUGCCUGCCGUCCGUCUGUUCAUCUGCCCCGCUGACAGCUCUCCUGCUACCGGACCUCCCUGCAUGUCUACCGACUACGAGUUUGCCUCUUCCCUCGGCACCGUGCUUUUUGUUUGUUUACUUUUUGUUUGGCUGGAUCUACGUGUAUGGACUUUGCUUGUGUUGACUACUCUCCUGGGAUUCGUCCCGAAUAAAGCCCUGAGGGGUCUUUAUAUUACUAUUGUUUCUGAGUCGUGCAUUUUGGGUCCAACCCCCACGCACCCGUCUCAUAUAGUUCUGACCUCAACGGGGAGUUCGUUCCACCACCGUGGAGCCAGAACAUGUGCAAGGAAAUGACUAGCAUUUCACAUGAACUGAAAGUGAAAGUAUUUAUUUUUAUGUGGAAAACGCAGUUAAAUUUUAAUAUUCCUGACUAUUGAUCAGAUGCUAUUCACUGAUGUCUUUCCAUAAUUGUACCAUGUAAGCAGGAAAGCAGAUCAGUUACACGGAUAAACGCUUCUGCUUCAUCAAAGAAAAUAAUCGGGUCAUUGGGUUGGCUCCUCCUCCUAGAGCAUAAACUGGAUUGAAACUGAGCCUGCACUUCAUUGUUCCAACGGGGCCUGGAAAGAUGGAGAAAAUAUAUGCUCUGCUUGAAGAUAGUAGACUGGAGAGUUUCUACAAUAAAUUUCUUGAACUUGGUGUGAAAGAUGAGAAAGACUUCAUUGAUAGCAUUGAUGAUGAAACCUUAAAAGAAAUGGGGUUAAGUCAAGUGGAGAAGAAGAGAUUUGAAACUAUGCGGACACGCAUUGGAAGGCUUGGAAGCGUUAAAAAGUCGAUGCAGAAUUUCAGUGUGAAAUACACAUUCCCCAAAUGUUCUGAGCUCAGGGAGAUCAAUGACAUGGAUCCAUCUCAGAACACACUGGAGGAUCUGAUGCUCCGAAUUGCCAUUCAGGAAAACAUCGGAAAUGACAAAGCUGUGUGUCUUUACACAGUGGAUGGAAUGCCUUUGACAGAUGAUUCUUUCUUCAACACAUGGUGUUUCAAUGACAGACACAUUGAAAACGGAGAUGAGAUUUAUGCCAUAUUCACACCCAAGGAGAACAUCCAGACUCCGGUUAAAAGCAACCCACAGUCCAGACAGGUCCCUGGGGCUGACACUGUCCGGUGCCACAUCAUGCUCAAGGGAGACUAUGAAAUCAAAGUAAACUUGGACACAGACAACCUACAAGACCUGAGAAACGAGCUGUCUAAUGAAACAGGAAUACCAGCACAUGUCCUGCAUCCCAAAGAUGAGGAAGAAGGUGGUGGCACACCCUUGAAAGAUCUUGGCAUCAGCAGUCAGUCAAUUCUGCAUUUCUCCCUUUCGUCACUCAAUGACAAGUAUCAGGAUAAGGCAGUGUUCUUCAACAGUGAUAUUUCAGCUUCCAUCCCACAGACAAAGACAGGAAUGAGUGUUUUCUUCUCAGCCUUACAUGCCAUUCACAUGCAGCAUUCAGAUGAGCAGUUUCUGAAGGUCAUCGCAUACAUACGGAAGCUCACCGGAUGCAAUGCAUUAGCCCUGGCUUUAUAUCAGAUAAUGUGCAAGGGUGAAUUUGGGACCAGGAACCAGAAGAUUGCAGUCGUGGAGGGACUCUACCUUCUCUUCAGAGAACUGUUACCCAGUUUAACCAAGAGGAAUGGUCUGAGGGUGAUUGAAGAUCAUGAGGUUUUUGAAUACUCAACAAUUUGCUGGGCCUACCUGAUGUCUCAAGCGAAGGAAAACAGCCAACAUUCGGAAGUAUAUGCUGCAAUGCGGCUGACAUGUGAAGGAUCAGGCAGUAACCUAUGUGAGCCAGUUCAGAUUCCUGGGAUCGCUUCCGUUUAUGAGAGAGCAUUUAUUCUGGACGAAAUAAGGGAUGAACAAAGAAUUCCAAAUUGCACUGAAGACAGCCUAAAGGAAACAUCACUCCAGAGGGCCAGAAAUAUUGAGAAGAUUUUACUGAGCCUUCCUCGCCAGACUCAGUACUUUCACCAGUGGAUCGCCUAUGAUUGUGGUCAUGGUCACAACUUUCAGGUCAAUCCAGAGAAGACAUAUGAGGAGAUGGCUGAUGGGCUGUCAGCGUAUUCUCACCUGGAACUGACUCCACCUUUGCAACUGAAGAAUUUAGGAAUGGAAGGGCCCCGUCUCAUUCUCAUAGACGAAGAUAACUGUGCAGUUUAUCUGAGACAAAACAAAGGACAAGAAUCACUGGUCCAGGUUUUUGAUUGUCUCGCCGGGAAAGAAAAGGCUGUCGAUGUGAUUGAACUGGCAAAUCGACUCAAAGAUGCCAGAACAGACCAGACAUACAAAAUCGGUGGGGUGCCAGAAGAGGCAAUAAUGGUUCUUGUUGAUGCAAGCUCUUCAAUGGCGGAUGUAUGCUACGAACAGGAUCAGACACGGAGCAGGAUGGAUGUUGUGAAGCAGCUCUUCCUGGCUUUCAUGGCAAGGACCAGCGCAUACUCAUUUCAUCAUAUCAUUGGUCUGGUUAAGUUUGGAGGAUGCUGCCUGGAAUUUCAUGAGUUCACAGAGACUGUUGGAGUUUUUCAGAGGUAUGUCAACAGUCUUGAAGCCUGUGGAUGCACUCCCCUGUACGAUGCCUUGAAUCUUGGAAUUUCCAAGCUGAGCGAUGUCAAGAAGAAAUUUCCAGACUGCAGACUCCGCAUGCUGUGCCUCAGUGAUGGGAAUGAUGAAGGUUCUAGCCGUGAUCCUGUCAAAGUUGCAGUCAGGCUGAUUGACGCCCACAUUGUAGUGGACACUGUCAUCCUUGGAGGAGAGGAAAACAGUGUCCUGCAUGGAAUCAGCAAUGUGACAGGAGGUUGCUGUUUCAAACCAGAGACAGGUAAAGAGGCAUUAAAACUCUUUGAAAUGGAAACUGUCCUGUCUUUGAAGGGAAGGAAACUGAAGAAAAAACAUGUGGCAUCCUCUAUCAAAGGACUGGCUGAUUUGUCUGGCAUUUUGCAAAAAAAGGGCUAUGACAAGGAACCGGAGGUUUUACUUCCUAAAGAGGUCAAUGACAAAGUGACGUUGCCACUAAUUGCUUUGAAUAAUGCACCCAAGCAAACCACAGAAAUGAGCAGGGAGAGACGAAUUCUGGAUGAGCUGAGGAGUCUGCACGUGGAUCCCCAUCCGUACUGCACAGUGUUUCCCUCUGAGACCGACUUCAGUUUCUGGAAGAUUCUGAUGUCAGGGCCUCCUGAUACACCAUAUGAAAAAGGAAAUUUUGAGCUCUACUGCCAAUUUGGGGCAGAUUACCCCCUCAAACCCCCUCAAGUGCGUUUCCUCACUCCUAUCCACCACUGCAAUGUGAACAGUAUCGGACGUAUCUGUCACAAUAUAUUUGAUGGGAACUACUCUGCAAACGUAACAAUGAAAGAGAUUCUGGAUUCAGUGUUCGGACUCCUGAUCGCAGCUGAGCCGGAUGAUCCUUUGGACAGUGUCGUAGCUGAGGAGUUCCUGUCCAAUCCACAGGCUUAUGUGAAACAAGCUGAAAAGACCACUGUAGAAGCAGCAGGUACAUCGUUGGAAGACAUGGAGAAGAAAUUGGUGGCUGAAUCUUUGAACAAAGUCCAAAUUCCUCGUCAUUUAAUUUGCCAGCUCUCAGGAAAGAUGUUUAUUGAUCCAGUGUCAACCAAAUACGGAGAUGUCUAUGAAAGGAAAUGCAUAGAAAAGGAACUGAUAAAGAAACAGGAAGAUCCAUUUAACAAAAAGCCUCUGGAAAAAACUGACCUGAAGCCAAACAGAAAAAUGAAAGCUAUGGUAAAGGAGCACCGGAGCCAUGAAAUUUCACAGCCUCUUUCUAAUUGAAUAAGUGUUUGGACUGUUGGGGGGGCUCAUCCUGAUGGACCCCACAGUUACAGGCAUUGUAAAUGAUGAAAACCAAAAAAUAUCUACCACAGGAAUCAUCACUGUCUUAUGCCCUCAAGGUCUACAGUAUGACAUGUCCUGAUUUAUCAUACUAUGCACUAUAAGUAAGACCCCUUUGAGUAGUUCAAAAUGAGUACACUAUCGACAUUUUUCCUAUUUGUUUAUUAUUAAAGAAUCUGUAUCUAUCUAUGCUUGAUUGGCAACAUUAAUUUAGCUUUGAUUAGCUCAAUUGUGAACAAAACAAUUGUUUUUAGAGUGAUUCGCAAAUACUGCCUUCUCUGUGAUGACUCAUUCAGGGCUUCUGUUGUGUUUUUAGCAGAUGCCAUAUUACAUCUUUUCUGACUGGGCUUCUUUUAGGGAUUUUUAUUUUGACCAGUUGUCCUUUUCUGCUAAUAAAUAUACUGAAUAACAUAUUUUUGUUAGGAAUUAAAAUAUAGUUGUCAAUAGUUAAUGGAAGAAUAGACAUACAGACAUACCAUCAACUGUGAAAAUGAAAAUGUGAUUUUAUCUUUUCUGAGCUGCAUAUUUCACAGCAAUGAAUUUGUAAAGCACAAAUUGCAAUAAAUUAAAGUCUUUCAAUAU